GGAUGGGGGAGGCGGUCCCCCUGGGCGCGCCCGUGCCGGUGGAGCAGGCGGUGCUGGAGACCUUCUUCUCCCACCUGGGUAUCUUUUCCUACGAUAAGGCCAAGGACAAUGUGGAGAAGGAACGGGAAGCGAGCAAGAGCGCCGGGGCCAGCUGGCUUUCGCUCCUGGCUGGGCUGGCCCAUCUGGCUGCCGCCGAGAAGGCCUAUCACAGCAUGACCUUCUUGGGCCAGAAAUUAGGUGGGCAGUCAUUCUUCAGCCGAAAGGACUCCAUACGCACAAUUUACACAUCUCUGCAUAAUGAAUUGAAGAAGGUGGUAGCAACAGGCCGGAAUGCAUUGGGAGGAACAGCCCCUCACCUAGAAGAACUGCUCUCUCACCUCUCUGAGCAGCUCUGUUUUUUUGUUCAGGCUCGGAUGGAAAUUGCUGACUUUUAUGAAAAAAUGUACAGCCUUAGCACCCAGAAGUUUAUCAAUUCUGAAGAAUUAGUAAACAUCUUGGAAACCAUAUUAAAGAAAUACAGCUCAAGGUUUCAUCAUCCUAUCCUUAGUCCUCUUGAAAGCAAUUUCCAGUUAGAAGCAGAUGUGCUUACCCAUCUUUUGAAGGCUCAGGCACAGAUCUCAGAGUGGAAAUUCCUCCCAUCAUUGGUCAACUUGCACAAUGCUCACACAAAGCUACAAACAUGGGGACAGAUCUUUGAGAAGCAACGAGAAACCAAGAAACAUCUGUUCGGUGGCCAAUCCCAGAAGGCUGUUCAGCCGCCACAUCUUUUCCUUUGGCUGAUGAAACUCAAAAAUAGCCUUCUUGCCAAAUUUAGCUUUUACUUUCAUGAAGCACUUAGUCGCCAAACAACUCCAUCCGAAAUGAAAACUUUGACUGCAAAAGCCAAUCCUGACUAUUUUGGGAAAAUUUCCAGCUUCAUCAGGAAAUAUGAUGCUGUUAAUAUUUCUUUAAUCUUUGACAACCGGGGGUCAGAGAGCUUUCAGGGACAUGGUUAUCAUCAUCCCCAUUCCUAUCGUGAAGCCCCAAAGGGUGUAGAUCAGUAUCCCGCAGUAGUCUCUCUGCCCAGCGACAGGCCUGUGAUGCACUGGCCCAACGUCAUUAUGAUUAUGACUGACCGAACCUCUGACCUCAACAGUUUGGAAAAGGUGGUUCAUUUCUAUGAUGACAAAGUUCAGAGCACAUACUUCCUGACCCGCCCAGAGCCUCACUUUACCAUUGUAGUUAUUUUUGAAUCCAAGAAGUCAGAGAGAGAUUCUCACUUCAUUUCUUUUCUCAAUGAAAUUUCACAUUCCCUCAAAAACUCUAAAGCUUUUGCAAGUCUGAAGCCUGGAUCCAAAGGAUGAAUAACUGCUGCUGUUAAAACAAUAUACUGGACUGCAAGGAAAUGUGCUCUGUCUCUGUUUUGUGUGUGU